AUGGUCUUGACGACGCUUCGCCCAUGGCCGCGCGUGUGCGCCGCCAUCGGGCAGCCCCGAGCGCGCGAAACAGCGCGUCGCGCAGGCACAUCUCGCGUCUUCCAUAGCAGCAGGCGUGCUAGGGACGCUUCAAAGCCUUUGGAGGUCACCGAGUCAGGUAUACCCUACUCGAAGCUGACCAUCGGUGUACCGCGGGAAACCUUCCCCAAUGAGCGCCGCAUAGCGAUGACGCCCGCAAACGCAGCACUGCUGCUCAAAAAGGGGUUCGGUCGUGUCCUCAUCGAGACAGACGCCGGUGUGCAUGCGCAGUUUGCCAACGACGCGUUCGCCAGUGCGGGCGCGACCAUCGGCUCGCGCGACGAUGUCUUCGCGAACGCGGACGUGUUGCUCAAGGUGCGCCCGCCGACAUUCGGCGCUGAAGCAGAGCACAUCAAGAAAGGUGCCACGCUCGUGAGCUUUCUGUAUCCCACGCAGAACAAGGAAACGGUCGAGGUGCUCGCGAAGCGCGGCGUGAAUGCGCUUGCCAUGGAUAUGGUACCGCGUAUCUCGCGUGCGCAGACUUUCGACGCUUUGAGUUCAAUGGCUAAUAUCGCUGGAUACAAGGCCGUCUUGGAGGCGGCCAAUCACUUCGGAAGUUACAUGACCGGUCAAGUCACGGCUGCAGGAAAGGUGCCACCAUGCAAAGUACUCGUCAUUGGCGCAGGUGUCGCCGGUCUGAGUGCCAUUGCAACAGCUCGUCGUCUCGGUGCGAUCGUACGCGGUUUCGAUACGCGCUCGGCGGCGCGUGAACAGGUCCAAUCUCUCGGUGCUGAAUUCAUAGAGGUCGAAAUAGAGGAAGAUGGCUCUGGUGGUGGCGGAUACGCUAAAGAGAUGUCUAAGGAGUUCAUCGAGGCUGAGAUGGCGCUGUUCAUGCAGCAAUGCAAGGAAGUUGACAUCGUGAUCACUACGGCUCUCAUUCCUGGCAGGCCUGCGCCCAAGCUCAUCACUAAUGCUAUGGUGGCUGCUAUGAAACCUGGAUCGGUUAUUGUGGACAUGGCUGCUGAGCAGGGCGGUAACUGCGAAGCGACCAAGCCUGGCGAGCUACACGUACACCGCGGCGUGACCAUCAUCGGAUACACCGAUCUUCCCUCGCGCUUGCCGACCCAAUCAUCGACGCUCUACUCAAAUAACGUUACCAAGUUCCUUCUCUCAAUGACACCCCCGAACAAGGCGGGCGAGUUCCUCCUCGAUGUCAAAGACGAAGUCGUACGCGGAGCUCUAGUGACGCACAAUGGUCAACUCCUUGCUCCCGUACCUCGCGCGCCGGUCGUAGCGUCCGUUCCGCCCGCCACCCAGUCGAAGAAGGAUGAAAAGCCCGAGACGCUUGCGUUGACGCCCUGGCAGAAGGCUACGCGCGAAGUGGCGACUGUAACGGCAGGGAUGGGAUCCGUCGUGGCGCUCGGCAAGCUUACUGGCCCGUUGUUCAUGUCGAACUUCUUUACUUUUGGUCUUGCUGGGCUUAUUGGAUACCGUGUGGUCUGGGGAGUCGCUCCUGCGCUGCACAGUCCUCUGAUGUCCGUCACAAACGCGAUCUCGGGUAUGGUCGGUAUCGGUGGUCUCUUCUUGAUGGGCGGUGGAUACUUCCCCGGCACAAUCCCGCAAGUACUCGGUGCUCUGUCGGUGUUGAUGGCGAGCGUGAACGUCGCGGGCGGUUUCGUCAUCACGAAGCGCAUGCUGGACAUGUUCAAACGUAAGACCGACCCGCCCGAGUACAGCUGGCUCUAUGGCGUACCGGCCGCGGUAUUCACGGGUGGCUUCCUGGCCGCGGCUAGCACAGGAAUGGCGGGCCUCGUUCAAGCGGGAUACCUGACCAGCUCCAUCCUCUGCAUCGGCUCUCUCUCCGGCCUCGCAUCCCAAACGACCGCUCGACAAGGCAACAUCCUCGGCACCCUCGGUGUCGGGUCUGGUAUCCUCGCCUCCCUCGCUGCCGUAGGAUUCCCGCCGGAGGUGUUGGCGCAGUUCGCCGGUGUAGCUGCUAUUGGCGGUGGGAUUGGAACGUUGCUUGGGAGGAGGAUCACGGCAACGGAGUUGCCGCAGAUGGUCGCGGCACUGCACUCAGUCGUCGGUCUUGCCGCAGUGCUCACCAGUAUCGGAAGCGUCCUCGGAUCGCUCGAGCAUCUCACCAUGCUACACAUCGUCACGGCGUACCUCGGCGUUAUCAUCGGUGGUGUGACGUUCACCGGCAGUAUCGUCGCGUUUUUGAAACUCGCAGGGAAGCUGGCGAGUCGCCCGCUCGUAUUGCCCGCACGCCAUCUGGUCAAUGGGUCGCUGUUGGGAUCAAAUCUGCUCACGAUGAGCGCGUUCAUUUCGAAUGUGCCCAAGGCGGCGGGUGUGGCGGCGGCGUACCUUGGUGUUAGCACGUUUUUGAGCUUCGUGAAGGGGUAUACGCUUACUGCUGCUGUUGGCGGAGCUGAUAUGCCUGUGGUCAUCACCGUCCUGAACGCCUAUUCCGGCUUCGCUCUCGUCGCUGAAGGAUUCAUGCUGGACAACCCACUCCUCACGACAGUUGGCUCGCUCAUCGGCGUCAGCGGCUCGAUUCUAUCGUACAUCAUGUGUGUAGCGAUGAACCGGUCGCUCACGAACGUCCUAUUCGGCGGUGCAGCGCCACCCGCGACGCAAGGGGACUACAAGAUCGAGGGGACUGUUACGCAGACAAAUGUGGAUGAUGUGGUGGAUUCGCUCGCGAACGCUGAUAGCGUGAUUCUUGUUGUGGGAUACGGUAUGGCUGUGGCCAAGGCCCAAUACGCUAUCUCGGAGAUUGUCUCGAUGCUCAGGGCCAAAGGCGUCAACGUGCGCUUCGCAAUCCACCCCGUAGCCGGCCGCAUGCCAGGCCAAUGUAACGUCCUCCUCGCCGAGGCGUCCGUACCCUACGACAUCGUACUCGAGAUGGACGAGAUCAACGACGACUUCGACGACACAGACGUAACGCUCGUCAUCGGCGCCAACGACACCGUUAACCCCAUCGCGCUCGAGCCCGGAAGCGCUAUCGCCGGCAUGCCCGUGUUGCGCGCGUGGAAGAGCAAACAGGUCAUCAUCAUGAAACGCGGGAUGAGCUCAGGAUAUGCGGACGUGCCGAAUCCGAUGUUUUAUAUGCCGAAUGCGAAGAUGUUGUUUGGGGACGCGAAGGACUCUUGCGAUGCUAUCAAGCGUGCGCUUGAGACGCGCGAGAAGUGA